AGGGCGUUGUUCCCGUUAAAGGGGAACGCCGGGAGCCUCCCUCCUGCCCCUCGCUUGGCGCGCGUAGCCCCGCAGCGCAGCUGUCUUUGCGGACGCCAGCCGCUGAGCGGACGCACGGAGUGUGUGCCCGAGGCAGCUCUGAGGAUCUCUGAGGAUCGGGGACAGCUAUUCUUUGGGCCACCAGACGGAAACUCCGCUGAGCAGAACCCGCCGCCAGAAUGCUGCUCCUGCUGCUGGGGAUCAUCGUCCUCCACGUGGCCGUGCUGGUGCUGCUGUUCGUGUCCACCAUCGUCAGCCAAUGGAUGGUGGGCAAUGGACACGCGACUGACCUCUGGCAAAACUGUAGCACCUCCUCGAUGGGCGGUGUCCAGCACUGUUUCUCGUCAUCAGCAAAUGAAUGGCUGCAGUCUGUCCAGGCCACCAUGAUCCUGUCCGUCAUCUUCAGCGUUUUGUCUCUGUUCCUGUUCUUCUGCCAGCUCUUCACCCUCACCAAGGGCGGCCGGUUCUACAUCACUGGGGUCUUCCAGAUCCUCGCUGGUCUGUGCGUGAUGAGUGCGGCGUCCAUCUACACGGUCCGGCACCCGGAAUGGCAUUCCACCUCGGACAACUCCUACGGCUUUGCCUACAUCCUGGCCUGGGUGGCCUUCCCCCUGGCGCUUCUCAGCGGUGUCAUCUAUGUGAUCUUGCGGAAGCGUGAAUGAGGCCCGGGGAUGGGACGGCCGAGGCUCUGAGCUCACGUGGGGAGGGAGGAAGCAAACCAGAAGCCAGGAAAACAAACAAAAAAACGAGCUAGCCAAAAAACCCAAACUCAAACCAAACCAAACAGAAAGCAGUGCGGGGGGCGGGGGGGUGGUUAGUGUUGAUUGAAGAUGUAUAUAAUAUCGACGGUUUAUAAAACCUAUUUAUAACACUUUUUACAUAUAUGUACAUAGUAUUGUUUGCUUUACGUGUUGACCAUCAGCCUUGGGUUGAACCUUAAAGUAGCUAAGGAACUUGACAUCCUAACCAUAUAAUCAAGCUCAGUUUUUUUUUUUUUUCGUUUUUUUUUGUUUGUUUUGCCCAGAAAGAAAGUAAGCCCAUCAACGCCCCUUCCCCUUCAUCUGAAAGAAGUUACCUCCCUCCCACUCCACCUCAUUUAGAAAACCAAAGUGUGGGUAGAAACCCUGAAUGGCCCAAAGCCUUUAACUGUGGGUGGCCCUCUGUGUGACACAGACAUGUGCUGCCCAUGCCUCUGUAUGCAGCCUUACCUGCACUCAACAGAACCCCCAAACUGGAGCCCUCGGAGGAUUGCGGCUUGUGGCUUUGGAAUCCUUGCCCUGGAGAGGGCAAGGUGUCCCCAGUCACGUGUCUAGGUUAGAAAUCGGUGACAACAAACCUACGAAGUGGUGCUAUGUAUUUACCAUUCCUUACGAUCACUAAUCAUCUAAACGCCUCACUGGAAAUUCAAUUAACAAUUUUACAACAUAAAGUCGAACGGAGACCUGAAUAAUUCUGUGUAAUAUAAAUGGUUUAUAACUGCUUUUGUACCUGGCUAGGCUGCUAUUAUUACUAUAAUACAUAACUACGCACUGCCUUUAUCACUCCCACAUUUCCUUUUGGUCGGAGCAUCCGGACAAGCUUCUAGACCCCCUGGGACGGUGGGAUCCCAGGAUGCAGCGGAGUCUAGACUGUCCUCUGCCUCCAAGGACUGUCUGGCAAUGACUCGUACUGGCCACCAACUGUAGAUGUAUAUACGGGGCCCUUCUGAUGCCAAGACUCCAGACCUUGUUUUUUCCCUCUUUUUUGCUUUGCUUUUUCUGAUUUUAUACCAACUGUGUGGACUAAGAUGCAUUAAAAUAAACAUCAGAGUAACUCA